ACCCAGAGCAACACAGCUCAAGAGAGAGACUAAUUACUUGAGGUCGAAUUAUAAGUUUUGGAGAGAUGGGUUUGGUCAAAAGCUUUGAUGCGUACUUGAUGAUUGUGAUAUUAACGGCUUUGGUGUUUGCACUAGGGUCAAAUGGUUACAAGUUCUAUGUAGGUGGGAAAGAUGGUUGGGUUCUUAGUCCUCCCGAGGAUUAUUCUCAUUGGUCUCACCGUAACCGGUUUCAAGUCAACGACACUCUUUAUUUUAAGUACGCCAAGGGAAAAGAUUCAGUGUUGGAGGUGAGUGAAGAAGAGUACAAGACAUGCAACACGACUCACCCCAUAACUUCCUUCUCAGACGGAGACUCUCUUUUUGUGCUUAGCCGCUCAGGUCCGUUCUUUUUCGUCAGUGGCAACUCAGAAAACUGUCUCAAAGGCCAGAAGCUAGCCGUCAAAGUCAUGUCUACAGCCCACCACAGCCACAGUCCUCGUCAGCCAUCUCCCUCACCAUCACCGACUCUGUCUCCUGUCCCUGUGUCAUCUCCAGCGCCUUCUCCGCAAGUGGUUCUUUCUGACUCGGAAGCUUUUGCUCCGGCUCCAGGACCCGCGAAAGCUCACAGUUCAGCCGGUUUGGUUGGUCCUGGGAUGGUUUCUAUAGGAUUAGUUCUUGUUGUUUUCAUAAGUUCCAUGGUCUAUGGUUUAUAAGUGAUUAGUGAGAGUAUUAAUUAAUUACUCUACUUUUUGAAUUGAACUUAAUAUUAAUCUGUCAUUUUAUGUUU